AGCACACCGGCUGGAGCCUCGCGCACAAACGCUUAUGUGUUCAAGUGCGUUUUUGCAUAACCUAUAUUUACUAUUUUUGACGGGUUUUCUUUAACUAGCCCAAACAUGCUCGGACUUCAUCAGCUAUUUGUUCAAAGUGCAUAAAGCGGACCAUGAGAUAUGGAACUGCAUUGCCAUGAAAGUUUGAUUCGGUGUAAAUCCUCCCGUUUAAAUGAGGACAGUUCACGAGCAGCAUUUCUGGAUAAUGGACGUAUUUAAACAGGAACGACGUCAAGGACUUUGUUUGUAACUCGAGCAGACACAGAGAAGUGAACCGCUGUUAGACACAGAGAAGUGGAUGCGCUUAAGUGAACUCUUGUUGUUUUUUCGUAAAGGAAGGAUUUAAUGCAAACAUUAAUGUGUGUGUGAUGUGCGGGACGAACAGGAACUCAUCCAUGCCCCUCAUCUUCCCAGUCUUGACCUUCCAGAUUUCGAACAGUGAGGCACAAGCACUUUAUUUCUGAGCCACAUCAACCCACGCAGCUGGUGUCUUCAGCACCUCAGUGGACUCAUGGGUACCGUACUGUCCCUCUCCCCGGGCCCUCGAAAACCCGGUUAUUAUGACGACCGGCCUGGUUCUCUAAGCCAUUACCCGAGCCUGAGCAGCCGCUCGCUGAACACUCAAAAGGACCGCAGCCUCAAACGCGGCCACUCCAUCUUCCUCCCCGCUCUCACCUGGAAACGCCUGGUGGCCUCCACCAAGAAGCGAGGCGAGUCCAAAAAAGCCUAUCCUGGAGGUCAAGGGGCCGUCGGGGCUCCUCUCAACAACAAUAACAUCUACCAGAAGGAUCCAGUCUUGCACCUCAACCGUGAAAAUGUGAAGAAGUCACUCUCCUGCGCCAACCUCACUAGCUACGAUGGUCCAGCGGGUCUGGGCCUGGGCGUAGGGUUGGGUGUGGGAUACAACAAACCGCAGCAGAUUUCCUCCGUAAAGAAGAUCGCGCCCACAUGCACCUCCUCGCCCAAGCGCGUGAUCGUCCAGGCCUCGACUAGUGAGCUGCUCCGCUGCCUGGGCGAGUUUCUGUGUGGCCGCUGCUAUCGGCUCAAGCACCUUUCCCCCGCCGAUCCGGUCUUGUGGCUCCGCGCUGUGGACCGCUCACUCUUGCUCCAGGGCUGGCAGGACCAGGCCUUUGUGACACCAGCCAACGUGGUGUUUGUGUACAUGCUGUGCCGCGAUGUGGUGGAUGGCGACGUGGUGUCUUCAGAGCAUGAGCUCCAAGCAAUUCUCCUAACCUGCCUGUACCUGUCGUACUCCUACAUGGGAAACGAGAUCUCGUACCCGCUCAAGCCCUUCCUGGUGGAGGCGGCUAAAGAGGCAUUCUGGGACCGUUGUCUGGCCAUUAUCGACAUCACCAGUGCCAAGAUGCUGCGCAUCAACGCAGACCCGCAUUUCUUCACGCAGGUCUUCGCCGAUCUGAAGAGCGAAGGAGGCUGCGCUUUGCAGGACUACGCUAGAGUUCUGGAUCGGUGAAAAGAGGACGGGGCGGAUUGUCUCAGCAAAUGUGACACCGUCAACAUCUCACACCUUCAUUCCAUCAUUCUGGCCCCUCAUAUGCCUUGUCACUUAACAUUAUGAGUCUUGUUUCUACUGAGAAACCGAAGAAACAUGUUCUUGCUGAUAAGACCAGCUUAGACCUGUGAGAAUAUCCAGGUGUAUGUUGGUUUGGUGCUGGUCUAACUGUUGAACUACACAGUCUUUUUGGUGGUUAUGUUAGUUAAGAAUCAUGCUGAUGAGCAUCUGUGAUGGUCUUUUCACCAGAAGAAAGUAUAGUGAGCUAUACAAAAAUAUAACAUACGCUCUUAAAAAUGUUCUUUAUUGGUAUUAAUGGUUCCAUGAAGAACCUUUAACAUCCAUGGAAUCUUUCCAUUCCACAAAAGGUUCUUUAUUGUAAAGUAAGGUUCUUUAGAUUUUUAAAAUGUUCUUCAUACUAAAGAAUAAUGUUUCUUUAAGGAACUGAUCGCUCAAAGGUUCUUUGAGAAACCAAAAAUGGUUCUUCUAUGUAAGGGGUAUCCAUUCUGCUCCUGGAGGGUUAGGGUUAGGAGUUGAGCUCCAACACACUUGCCUGGAAAUUUUUAGUUAGUUUAAAGACCUUGAUUAGCUGUUUCAGGUCUGUUUAUUUAGGGUUGGAGAUAAAUUAGGCCUAAACUAAACAAAGCCCUCCAGGAACAGAUUUGGAUCUAGGGUUUUGCUGCAAAAACACUCUUUUGGAACAUUUUUUAAGAGUGUAUAGUGGCUAAUUAUGGUUCUUCAGAUUUCAAAAUGUGCUUCAUACUAAGAAAAAAAAAUGGUUCUUUUUUAAGCUGUUUACUAAAAGGUUCUUUGUUGAACCCAAAAUGCUUCUUUAGCAUCACUACAAAAACCCUCUUUUUGGAAGCUUUAUUUUUUUUCAUUUUUUCAAAGUGGGCAUUCGCAUCUUUUUUCUUUCUCAUUCAAUUCCCCUAUCUUAAAAAUGAAACAGUCAUAAUUUAGGUAUGAACAUCAAAAGGAAAGGAGAACUUGUCCAUCUGCAAAGUUUAGUAGUUACCCUGUUGUCAACCCACUGUUUUUUUACAGUUACGAUUCCUUAAACAUUUCAGUUCCUCUGCCUUUUCGACAUCUAGUCUGAGAGAAACUGCAACAGAAACCAUCCAGCAAAGAGCCUUUUAGUGGGAGUGCAUGUGUGUGAUGGGCUGCAAACAGUGAGCAUCAACAGCUGUUGGUUAUCGUGUUGUCCUUCCUUUAUUUCAUGUGCUGGACGUUGGGGCACCAGCUGCAAUGGCAUUAACAAGAUUAACAGAUUAGUGUCACACACACACACACACACACAUUCUCAAUGCUUCCGCUUGCUGUCCAGCUCUGUAGGUUGAAAGGCUAAUCCAUGUAGGCCAUAUACACUUGUAUAUGUUCUGUCCUGCAUAUCUUGGUGUCUUUAUAGCAAUAGAGUGUCAUUGAAAAUAUGUGUCAAAUUUGAACGAGUCUAUAAGAAUGCAUCCUUUCCCUUUAGAGUUUGAAGGAAAUGAACAAAGAGGCCUGAUUCUCUUAAUGCUCUCAGAUCACUGUAGUUCACAUGUGUUACUCAGUCAUAUUUUACAUAAAUGUCACAUUAAUGUCCCUUAAAGUUAAACAAAAUGGACCUUUCCUAAAACACACACCUGGUCUUAUUGUGCACUAUUCAUUAAUGCACAUUGCUCCCAAGUUUGUAGUAUGUAAUCGUCCAUCAAAACCUGCUCAGUCUCUUGCAAAAAAUGAUAAAGCGAGUGAGAUAAAACACGCAUACUGACAGUCACGGAUGCACAUGCAGAUACAACAGAUGCCCUCUUCUCUGGGUCAGGGUUUCAGGUGUCAGCGCUCAGACAGAAGAGCAGGGACAGCAGCAUGUGGCACGGCAAGCACUCGUUAAUCUUAUUGUGGCGUUUUAAGGCAGGGCCAUGGGCGCCAUACUCCAGCUCCCCCGCAAAAGCCGACUUUAAACGCAUACUUCAGCCCACACGCGCUCUCGUAUAUGAGCACACAUGCUCGCUCAAACGAUCUGUAACCACUACACAUACAUUUUCAGGCUAGUAAUUGCAGACGCACUGAUACGCACGUGCAUAUGCAUGCACCUUCUCCCACACGCUGAAGCGAUAAUCCGCUUCUGAUCCUUGCCAGCAAUUUGUAAGAGUGAGCUGAAAAUUCCACAAUAACAAAAUGCCAUUCAGAUCAGACGAGAUUUUUCUUGCUGAAACGAGCAGAAAAGGCACAUCUUGUGUUUUGACUGUGUGCUAUGCAGAUGUUACAUAACAAACACAGGAGUUUUAGUUUUUUAUAAAAUAAUUGUGAGGCAUUGAAGGAAAAACCAAGGUUUCACUUGUUUUAAAAGCAUGUACCCUUGUGAAAAAGAAGUGUGUUUAAUUGUAUUGAAUGUGCACAUGUAGUGUACUUCAAAUCUUAAAAGUAUGUUUUUUAACAUACUUAAUAUAAAAAUGCCAUUUAAGUGUACUUAAAAAGACAACACUUUCAUGACUUUUUCCUCUAAUACACUUAAGUAUAUGUUUAAAAGAAGUUUUAAUCAUGCUUAAUAAUCUUUUGUUGUGUUUUGUGUGUUGAAGUACACUUAUUUUGAUGUUUAACUAACAUACUAAAGCACAUGGAAAGUACUUGAUUAUAAAUUUAACUAGUCUGCUAUAAGUUAAUAUAUUUUAAAUGUACUAAAUUGCAACUUUAUAAAUUACAAAUAUAUUUAAAUAUAUGAAAUACAAUUUUCAUAACUUCUUGUCAGUAUAAUUUGCAUUAUGGUUAGUGUAAAUUUACUGCAAAAUGUGCUGACAAGCAUUUAUGAAACUCAUGUAUUUAAAUAUAUAUUAAACUAUAAUACAGCUCAAUUUAGUAUGGUAAAGUGUACUUCUUUUCACGAGGGUAGAGACUCUAUGAAAUCCAGAUUGCAAAAGCUUUUCGUUCAUGUUUUUUUUUAGCUUUUAGCUUUAGCUAAACUGACAAAAUAGCGUUUACUUUAAAAUUCACAGAAAACCUUCCAAGAAAACAAAAAAUAAAUAUUGAUGACUCACUCUGUCUAUUUUUUCCCACUCUCUAUAAUGAGAAAGUCCCUGCUAAAACCACAUACGUCUGACUAGCAAUAGAAAGUUAUUAUUUAAACCAAAAUGCCAUCCCCAUUUAAAAAAAAAAGAAUAAGCCCUUUGAUAUGUCCUGCCCCAACUUCCUGUUUCAACAGGAUAUGUCAAUACAAAGAAUAAAAUUGCAAUUGUCUAAACUUUUUAUGGGAUCUUUAGCAUAUUUGAAUGGUGUAAUACUACAGGAAGAUACAGAUAUCAAGAGAACACUAUUUGAUAUAUGAUCACAAACACUUAGCAUGAGUUGUUCUCAAUUUGUAGCAGGUUUAAUUUCUGACCCAAGCACAGGCUGAUUUGUACUCUAAACAGCAGGGGAGACAGUUGCAUAAAGGAAGUACCUAUAAAGAGAGUCGAUGUGUCUACAGAUCUCCAUUUCAGCCUCUAGUCGUUUCCAUUUCAGCCUCAAGGGAGGAUGUUAUUUACAGGAACUUGUGGCCACAGACAAGCGAUUGGCAUACUAUAGGGUGUAAAUAUCCCUCCUGAUCCGCUGUGAUUCCCCAAUCCCUCUCGCCUUUCACAAACACAUCACUUGUUUUCCUCGCCUCGGUUAAAGUGAUUUAGUUUGCCCUUAUUGUGUACAGAGAGCGCUGACAGAGCACCGUUGUUGCAUAGCUAGCGUGUGCGGCCUUAGCAAUGGGCUUGUGCGACGUGAACUAGUCUGCUGUGUUUCUGUUUGCGCUCCUGUCCGGCUCGCCAUCGUGCACUGCCGCUGGAACUGUUUCUCCAUUGUUUCUCACCCAUGUGUACUGAAGCUCUGGGGUUUCUCUGGAAUAUUUGCUGCCUUCAAGUCAAAUGAGAAUUCCUAUUUAUUCCUAGUUUAUAAAUCAUAAUUAUGACAUGGUGUACAUUCAAGUGGUUUUGGUUGGAAUGAAGUUGAUUCGUUGGCCAGUUUUCUUGUUUUUCACUUCCUGACAAUAUAAAGGAAGCGUAAGGUGUAAAACUCAUUAGCUUUAUCACAAAUCCCCUCAAUUCAUACAAACAGCAUACAAACUAAAUUGUACACAGAUUAUAAAUGACAAAUUCAUUGACACAGCCUCUACUAAGAAAGCAAGGGUUUUACUCAUAAUUAUGACACUGAAGUGACAUUCAUGAGCUUAUCUCAUAAAUAUAUGUUUUGAAGGCAGCAAGUAUUCUAGUUUCCGUACUUGCUCUAAACUUGUGAUGAAUGGUGAUACAUAUUUCAGAUGUGAAACGUUUGUGCCUUGAUCUGGAUAUAAAAGGUCUCCCUAAAUGUUAGUGAUUUUGAAUAUCGCUUUGGUAACAAAGACACACACCUAAAUGCAAGACAGCAACCCGAGGACAGCCAUGACUCAGAAAAGGAUUGAUUAUAGAGACUUUGAUUUACUCAGGCUAGAAUAAUCAUAACUCAUGAGCCAUUUUCCACUUUCAUCGAUGAUACUGUUUUGGUCAUUUCUUCUCUUGCCAGUCAAUCACUUGGACCUGAAACCAUGUGCAAACACUUUUGAAGGAUGCGCUUGCACAAACGUCCUUGUUACAUCUCAAACGCUUCAUCGAUUGCUGUACGUGGAGAUUUUUAAUGUGACAAAACAAGCACACAGAGACCUCAAAUCCCUAUGGAUUUUCCAACAAAGAAAACUUGUGUCCUUAAACAAACAUGUGACCGGCAUGUGAUUUUGAAGUCUAAAUUAAGACACUACAACAUGUAGAUGGACACUCAGGAUCUGGAUGUUAAGGAGACUCUAUUGUACACUGCAAGUUGCUGUUACUCUAUGAGUUACAGCUACUAAGAUUUAUCAAUGUUUUCAAUGCUGCUAAAUGUAUGUAGAAUACAAAAGGAACACCAUGUAGAGUCUGGAUUCAGAAACAUAUCCAGUGUGGUGUAAAUAUGUUGCUUGUAUCAAUGUGAAAUGACUGAAAAAAAAAAAAAAAAAAAUUGCAUGUAUAUCAUUCAGGAAUUGCUACUGUGGUGGUGUACAUGUCAACUUCACACUUUUUUAAAUUGUGUUUUUUCAGUUUGUAUUUCAGUUUAAGGUUAAAAGGAAAUUCCAGAAUGUUUUGUUUGUGUUUUUAUUGUAAUUAUAAUUAUUAUUUGUACUGAAAAAGAUCCUAUCAGCUCAUCCCAGGUUUGGGAAAUCUUAUGUCAGCAGUAUUAGAAUCUUAAUUUCAGACUUCUGUUUGCAUUGUGAUUUUUGGUGUUGUUUUAGUGACAGCUUCUUCUGUGCACUUUGGCAAUUAUACUGAGUACCUUUGCUCUGAAUACUGGAGUUUAUGAAAAGCGAGUUUUGAUAGUGUUAAGGCAUCAUACACCCUUUUAAGCUGCUGUGUAUGAUUUCUGCACCAAUGAAAUUGCAUUCUGGAUUUCCCAAACACUCUGCCAUUGGUCAGCAUUUAGUUCAACCUAAAUUCGACUACAAGAAGUUCAAACAAACUCUUAAACGUGAAUUUGAGACAUUUAAACACUGAAAAAAAAACUAAGAUAUUUGUCAGAUAGAAGGUAACUCUAAUUCAGCAUGAAUGGUAUUCUGGUUUUGCCAGACAUCAGUUCUUUUCUACUAUCUAUCAGCUUUAUUUGACAUCUUUAAACAGAUGAACAAUAUGCUGUGCCACAUAGGCCUUUGGUGGAGGCCUUUCAGAGAGCAAGCCAAUCUGGACUAUUAUGGACUGAGCUCAUUAAUUGGGCACAAAACCUCUCUCGACUGUGGUCAUGUAGCUCCUGAUCUUUCCUUCUUAAAUCACCAUCAGCCUUGGUGUAGCUUCUGAAACCUCCUGUGCUCUUGUCGGCACAACACGGUUCAGGGAGUUUUGAGCUUUUCCCUCUGGAAGUAAAUAAUACACGUGCAUAUAUUGUAGCUCACACAGUGAUGCUGUUGUUGUUUGAAAAACUUGAAACAUUUAAAUUAAAAAAUAAAUAAAUGUGACUUUUAA